UCCCCACCAUUCCUAAACUCCAUCCUACCUUCUCUCUAUUCUCCAUUCUCUAGAGACCAUGGUUGCUAACAGCACCCUCAUUGCAGAAAUUCCCAACCAAUUCGGCAUUGCAAUUCGCGUCUUCAGCGAUGGCACCAUAGAACGACCCUUCAAUUCUCCUAUUGUCCCACCCACACUCCAUGACCCUCAAACAGGAGUCUCAUCCAAAGACCUUGUCAUCUCACACGACCCUUUAGUCUCCUUGCGCCUCUACCUUCCCAAACUCGACGACAAUCAAAAAGUUCCUAUUUUUGUCUACUUCCACGGUGGCGCCUUCUACUUCGAAAGCGCCUUCUCCAGAGUCUACCAUAGCCAUUGCAACACCUUCGCUUCUCAAGCCAAGGUUAUAAUCGCUUCCGUCGAGUAUAGACUCGCACCAGAGCACUCUCUCCCCGCCUGUUACCACGAUUGCUGGGAAGCUCUCAAAUGGGUCGCGUCCCAUUUUGGUGAAAACGCCACUCACGCAGAGCCAUGGUUGACUGAAAACGGUGACUUCAGCAGAGUUUUCGUUGGUGGUAACAGUGCUGGAGCCAACAUCGCUCACAACAUGGUUGUACGUGCUGGCUCCGAAGAUUUGCCUAACGGUGUUAAAAUACACGGCGCUGUUAUAACUCACCCUUUCUUUCACAGUUCGAGCCUCGUUGGAGCAGAAACGCUUAAGGGGGAAGAGAAUAUUAGUUAUUUAAUUUGGAACUUUGUGUACCCUUCUGCUCCUGAUGGGGUUGAUAACCCGUUGUUCAACCCGGUGGGUCCUGCUUUGGAUGAAAUUGGGUGUUCAAAGAUUAUUGUUUGUGUUGCUGGGAAGGACAGGCUGAGGGAGAGAGGGAUUUGGUAUCAUGAGGGUCUGAAGAAUAGUGGGUGGCAAGGGAAUUUGGAACUGUUUGAAGAGACUGAUGAGGGUCAUGAUUACCAGUUGCUCAAGCCUGAUACCGAAAACGCAACUAAAUUGAUUAAGCGUUUGCUUUCCUUUUUUCAGGAAUAGAAGAACAUAUGUUUCCUCUUCCGAGUGUUCAUGUCGUUUUGCUGUAUUGGAAAUACGUAGUUAACAAUAAGUGUGUUCCGCCCAUGUGUUUGCUUUAGGAUUUGCUCUCACAGGGUACGCCUGCUCAUUAUUGUUAAUUUUUAAUUUAAUGAUGAUGAUGUAUUAUUAUAUUUUAUUCUCUAAAAUAUAAUUUCCUUCUGAGUUGUGGGUGAAAUCCUUGCGUGUAAUUGGAUGGCCUUUUUUAUGAAUUGCUUCUUAUUGA